CAGCUGCACCGUGUCGUCGUCGUCGUCCUGGCGCUCAGCGCGGGUGCCUUCUGGCAAGGGCGUUGCCUCUGGGAUAGUCCGUGCGAGCUGCUAGAGAAAUGGAAGUGAGCGGCGUUGCUUCAGGGGUAGAGCAGGAGCCCCUGCAGGAGCCGCAAUGGUCACCUCAGGAGGAGGAAGAACAAAAGCGGGAGGAGGAGCUGGAAAAGCAGCGGCAGCGCCUCUGCACGGACUUUGCCUCUGUCACCAGCAGUGAUGUGGCUGUGGCUCAGUGCUACCUGGCAGAGAACGACUGGGAUAUGCAAAGGGCGCUGAAUUCUUAUUUUGAACCACCCCUCGAUGAGCAAUAUGUGGACAGGAUACCCCAGGUGCCUCCAGUAACGGAGACCUUUGUUGACCUGACAGAUAGCCCGAGUGGCAGUAGUGCAGUAGCCCCUGUGAAAGAGGCUGGACUUGGCCUGCAAGAGGAUGCUAGCACACUUUCUUUAAUUACUUGGAACAUCGAUGGCCUGGAUUCGAGCAAUCUGCAAGAAAGGGCACGAGGAGUCUGCUCCUAUAUAGCUUUGUACAGCCCAGAUGUGGUAUUUUUACAGGAAGUUAUUCCUCCAUAUCUCAACUAUCUACAGAAGAGAGCUGUUAGUUAUACAAUUAUUCCAGGUAACACUGAAGGUUAUUUUACUGCCAUAAUGUUAAAAAAAUCAAGAGUAAGAGUUUUAAAAGAUGAAAUAAUACCUUUUCCAACAACCUCUAUGAUGAGAAAUUUAUUAGCAGUACAUGCAAACAUUUCCGGCAAUGAGAUUUGCUUUAUGACUUCCCAUCUGGAGAGCACCAAGACUCAUACUGAAGAGCGUUUAAAACAGUUGAGGCUGGUGCUGAAGAAAAUGAGUGAGACACCAGCAUCCACUAGUGUGAUAUUUGGAGGAGAUACGAAUCUGAGAGACAAAGAGGUUGCUAAACUAGGUGGCCUGCCGAGCAACAUUCUGGAUGUCUGGGAAUUCUUGGGCAAGCCAGAACAUUGCCACUACACAUGGGACACGAGCCAAAACACUAACUUGGAUGCCUGUUACCAGUGCAAGUUACGGUUCGAUCGCCUGUUCCUUCAAGCUGCUUCUACUGGUGGGCAAAUCAUUCCCCGGAGUUUGGAUUUAAUUGGGCUGGAGAAACUGGAUUGUGGCAAAUUUCCUAGUGACCACUGGGGUCUGUUUUGCAAUUUUGAUGUGGUACUAUAAGAAAAGACCCUUUGAAGGACAAAUUUAAGAUACUUUUUAAAGACACUGCUCUAACUCUUCUUGGUUUUAACCGCACUGGUAUUUUUUGUUUUGUUUUGCGCAGUCAUUAACAUACUCUUUGAACAUCUGUUGGAGUAUGUGCUUAAAUGGGUGAAAAAAGUCACCCUACCAUAUAUUCUUACUUUCUUCCUGUUUAAUGUCUGUGAAUGGCGAAAUGUAAAAGCCAUUUAGAAUAUUU